ACCAGUUCAACAAUUGUGAAGUCAGUCUUCAAGAAGCGUUCGUGUUGAUUGUAUCGUUCUUUUGACGACAUUAACGAAAUUAUAAUUGUGUUGAAGAAAAAGACAGCUGAGAGAAGGAUUUUGAAAAUUUGUUUGAUUAACAUUGGUUGUUUAGUGAAGUUUGUGAAAGUUAACAUAAUAAUAAAACGAGAUGCCGAGACCGUCACGUGAAUCAUAUGGGGAUCAAAAACCCCCGUUUUCCUAUAUCUCCCUAACGGCGAUGGCGAUUUGGAGUUCUCCUGAAAGGAUGCUGCCACUCAGCGAAAUCUACAAGUUUAUCACAGAUCGCUUUGCAUACUAUCGCAAGAACACUCAGCGCUGGCAGAAUUCCUUACGCCACAAUCUAAGUUUCAAUGACUGCUUCAUAAAAAUCCCCCGUCACCCCAAUAAACCAGGCAAAGGAGCUUACUGGACUCUUCACCCGAAGGCAAUCGAUAUGUUUGAGAAUGGCAGUUUACUACGACGACGGAAGCGAUUCAAGAUUCAUAAAUGCGAAAAGGAUAUGCUCAACGAAGAACUGGCUGCAUUGGCAAAUUUCAACCGAUUCUUCCUCGCACAACGGGCCGAACUAUGCAACAAUGCACCCCCUACUCCGCAAUCAGAACCGCUUGGAAUCUACCCUGUUCAUCCAGCUGCUCUAAGUGGUCCAUAUACAUCAUCUGAAAAAAUUGAACGGAGUCCCGCUGAUCAGGCCCAACUGCGUCCCAAACGACCAUUCACCAUUGAAAGUCUAAUAGCCCCGGAUCCUGAGAAAGCAGAAGUUCGAUCUGCAUCGGUGUCUCCAGCCCCAUCUAAUGGACAUGUUACCCCGCCGGCAGCGCACUUUUCACCGAUUCUGCACCAAUCUUCCCCAGCAUUAAGAAUGGAUUCACCGCCUUUUUACCAACCAUAUGGAGUACACCCAACUCCAGCGCUGGCGCCAGUACCACACCUACCCUUAGGCUUAACUGUGGAGCAACAGAUGCACUUGCAGCUUUCUCAAUUUUACCAUCAGCAACAGCUCAUGAAACUUCCGCCGGGAAGUGCAAGCUACCACCCGUAUCUGGGGCCCCUGAAGGUGUUCUAAUUAAUUUGUUAAUUUAGAUAUUGAUUCGUUUUGUUCCGUAAGCGGACGACAAUGUGAUAUAGUUUUACUUUAAACGGAGUAGUGUCAAUUAGAGUUUCAAUGUUGUCUGAAUGUUCACUUUGUAGAUGGGCGAACCUUGUCCAAAUGUGUGUUCAUAGUAUUUUAGUAUUUAACUACGCCAGAGUGCAAUCCUUUUGUUCCUUUUGUGUAAAUUGUUACUGGAACUUAAUAUGUAUAUUUCUAACUAUAAUGUGACUGUAUAAGUAACUAUAGAGAUACAGAAUAAAUUACAAUUCAAUAAUAAC